CAGAGGGGCAGGGUACCCGUCGGGCAGCAUGGAGUCCAAGUCGUCCUUCAGCUACGAGGAGCUGACGAGCAUCACCAGCAACUUCUCCCGCGACAACGUGAUCGGCGAGGGCGGGUUCGGGUGCGUGUACAAGGGGUGGCUCGCCGACGGCAAGUGCGUGGCCGUGAAGCAGCUCAAGGCCGGCAGCGGGCAGGGGGAGCGCGAGUUCCAGGCGGAGGUGGAGAUCAUCAGCCGCGUCCACCACCGCCACCUCGUCUCCCUCGUCGGCUACUGCGUGGCGCAGCAGCACCGCAUGCUCAUCUACGAGUUCGUCCCCAACGGCACCCUCGAGGACCAUCUGCACGGUCGCGGCGUGCCGGCGAUGGACUGGCCGACGAGGCUUAGGAUCGCCAUCGGUGCGGCCAAGGGGUUAGCUUACCUCCAUGAAGACUGUCACCCGCGGAUCAUCCACAGGGACAUCAAGUCGGCCAACAUCCUGCUCGAUUACUCGUUUGAAGCACAGGUCGCGGAUUUCGGGCUGGCCAAGCUCUCCAACGACACCCACACGCACGUGUCGACGCGCAUCAUGGGCACGUUCGGGUACCUCGCCCCGGAGUACGCGUCCAGCGGGAAGCUGACGGACCGGUCCGACGUCUUCUCCUUCGGCGUGGUGCUGCUGGAGCUCAUCACCGGCCGGAAGCCCGUGGACCAGGACCGGCCGCUCGGGGAGGAGAGCCUCGCCGAAUGGGCUCGGCCGAUCCUCGCCGACGCCAUCGAGACCGGCAACCACGGCGAGCUGGCCGACCCGCGGCUGGAAGGCAGAUACAACAAGGCCGAGAUGGUGAGGAUGGUGGAGGCCGCCGCCGCGUGCAUCCGCCACUCGGCUCCCAAGCGUCCCCGGAUGGUGCAGGUGAUGAGGGCGCUGGACGUGGACGUGGACGAGGGGAGCAUGUCGGACCUGAGCAACGGGGUGAAGGUGGGGCAGAGCCAGGUGUUCAACAACAGCCAGCAGGAGGCCGCCCUCGAGCAGCUCCGGCGCACGGCCUUCGCCACCGAGGAGUUCACGGGGGAGUUCGAGCCGUCCGGGGAGUACGGUGCCGCCGCCAAUACUCUGAACCAGCCGCGGCCUGCGGGGUGACAAUCGACCAACAUGUUUGUGUGUCGCUUGUAGUUAAGCUUUUUCUUGUUCUUUUUUUUUUCUUGUAUGUCGACCGCCUUGGUUCAAGAAACUGCUCGAGUUUUAGCAAAAGUUGCCCUAAAAGUCGCAUUGAUUGGUUGAAAAGCUUGAAAAGAAUCAUAGGGCUUCAAGGUUGG